AUGAUACACUCCCGAGGUGCACAAGGAUCGACCGCGGAAGUUGUCUGGACACAGAUCCUCCAAGGUAUAGGAGGAGGCAUUGCCGCAAUCACAUCUCAGGUUGGAGCUCAAGCUUCCGUACCACAUGUCGAUGUGGCGAUGGUCACUGCUGUCGUGAAGUUGUUGUUCAGGGAAGUUGGAGGUGCCGUUGGCAAUGCUAUUUCUGGAGCCAUAUGGACCAACCAGACAGUGCCUGACAGACUAGCAGUUCACCUUCCGACUCUCAACGAAACGGAACGAGCUCAAAUAUUUUCUUCCAUCUCUCUCAUCCGGGAUACAUACCCUGAAGCAUAUAGCGAUGUUAUGAAAUCCCUACUUAUAACCGCGACAUGUAUCUCUAUCCUUCCGUUGGUGCUCUCGCUUGCGAUGCCUGGUUGGCAUCUUGGUGACACGCAGAAUGCGGUGGAUCAUGUGGAUCUGGCUGAGGAUGCCAAUGGGGUUGGCGAUUUCGAUGAUGGUGGUUCUGUUUUACUCGGUGGAGGAGGAGUAUCGUAUUUGGCGUAA